UUAAUUGAUUUAUACAUAAGACUUUCAGUAUUCUAAGCCCCUUUUAACAGACUCAAACGUUUAUUUGCAUCAUAAAUAAACAAAGCCCAAAGAACCCUAAGAGAUUUUAAAUAUUCAAGAAAGCCGCUGGUCAGUUAGCUUUGUAAACUAUUAUGUUUUUCAAAAGGUUACAGCGUUACCCACACCCGUCCAAGCUUUCUUCAAAUAUCUAAUGCGUACAACUAAAUUGCAAAUAAAUAAUACUUUGUUUUAUGAAAAACACGCGAUAUACAAAAAAAUGAUUACAAACACCCAUUGGUUAUUUAGAAAAGCAAAAAAAUAUUUACUCAGUUAAAAUAAUUAUUGUGUCGAAAAUAUUUAUAUAUAAUGACGCAUUGAGGUAUAACAUAACAGUAAAUGACGAGAUGUACGAUACUUAUACUAGGCAAUAGGAACUCUGAGUCAUUAAUAUAGGGUCUCUCUUCAAAAUAUUGGCACCUUCUUCAUGUAUAUGAACGAAAUAUAAAUUUUCUAAGUUUUCUGAAUGAAAAUAUUGAAAAAUAUAAAUUAAUAAAUCAAUUAUAGCUAUCAGUCAUUAAUCUAGUACUAAAGGAAGAGGCAUAUUUUGACUUUCCUAAUGUCUGACUCCAGCGUCACAAUCUAGCUCUCAAAAGCAAACUUUAUAGAGGCCUGAGUUUAUUUUUGUUUUUCUUUUCUUUACCACAAAUAUUUACCAAAAUAAAAUGACGUUACAACCUCAAAUUGGGGGUACUUUUUUCGCAGACCACAGCACCUACAACGGUUGUGGAUCAUUGACAGCUGUUCAAAUGUCUACAAACUAACUAAAGUUUAGGUAUAUUGUCGAAACGCGUGCUGUUAUUAGCUCAUACAAGCAGAUUUUCGAUUUAAAACGUUUCUAAACACGGCCGCGUAAAGAACACGCUAAACGCAGAACGGUUAACAGUUAGCGAACCAGAAAUUAAACGAUGGAAAAACCGCCUCUUUUUGGAAUACGCCAUCUGCAGGCACUGUUGCUCUUUUUCAAUAUAACUGUGGUCUAUGUGAGUCGCUUAAAUGUAUCCGUGGCUAUAGUAGCCAUGACGAACGCCAAUACAACGAAUCCAAAUUUUCAGGAAUUUGACUGGAAUGAGCAGCAAAAAUCCUACGUACUCUCCAGCUUCUACUGGGGCUAUGUGCUCACACAGUUUCCCGGUGGUUAUUUGAGUCGUCGUUUCGGCGCCAAAAUAACUAUACUCGUCGCCACAUUCGCCUCCGCUGUGUGCAGCUGUAUAACGCCUGCCGGCGUGCAUCUCGGUGGCUGGCCCGUAUUUUGUGUCAUACGGCUGUUACAAGGUCUCUUCCAAGGCGUUAUCUUUCCUGCCAUACAUGACCACCUUGCCAAGUGGUCGCCAUUGCAUGAACGCAAUCUUUUAGGAGCGCUUAGUCUCUCCGGCACUGAUUCUGGUACAGUUGUAGCAUUGGCGUCAAGCGGCCUCAUUGCCAGCAGUUCGUUGGGCUGGCCUGGUAUUUCGUACGUGUCUGCGUCACUAUGUUUUGCGUGGUGCGCAGUUUGGCUUGUGUUCGCCGCAGAUAAUGCACCUUCCUCAAAGUUCAUCACGCCGCAAGAGUGCAAGUAUAUUGAGACAUCACUUGAGCGCAAUGAUGACUUUCAUAAACAAAGAAUACCAGUACCAUGGCGUGCAAUCUUCACUUCGGUACCAUUUCUAGCAUUCCUCGUGGGACGUUGCGCCGAGGCUUGGGGCUUCACCACAUUGCAAUCACAAAUACCAUCCUACAUGAAUGGCGUACUGAAUAUGGAAAUCAAGAAGAACGGUCUAUUCUCGGCACUACCCUACCUGACGAUGUGGCUUUCACUAUACGUCUACUUGGUGAUAGCGAAUCUGCUCACCAGACGGAAUAUACUCUCACUGACAGCGAUGCGCAAGACGAUCAACACAAUCUCACUAUGGAUACCGGCACUCUUGCUAAUAGGUAUCGGUUUCUUGGACUCCUCUCAGACAACACUUGCAAUCGUGUUGAUGACACUCAAUGUAGGUAUCAAUGGCGGCUCAACCAUAGGCAGUACACUCAACUCGAUUGAUCUGGCGCCUAAUCAUGCGGGCAUACUAAUGGGCUUAUCUAAUACUAUCGUGAAUAUUGUGCCGAUCCUCUCGCCGCUACUUGUAGGCGUCAUUGUGACAGAUAACCACAAUCGCACGCAAUGGCAAAUCAUCUUCGCAAUCGCCGCCGUGAUUUUCUUCCUGGGCAAUCUGUUUUACAUUAUUUGGGGCACCUCGGAAACUCAGCCCUGGAACUCGGUGGAUUUUCAUCAAGACAAAGACGCAGAAAAGACUGUGUGCAAGCAAGUUACGUUAGGGAAAGCAGUCGAACAUUUGGAAAAUGUACAAAAUGAGAAAAAAGAAGAGAUUGGUAAUAAAUCUAGUUCUGUUGAGAGCACAAGACUUUAAAGUAUUUAUAAUUUAGUUAGUUUGUAGUAUAAGUAUUAUAUUAUAUUUUAUAUAGUUAAAUACCAUGUCACACAUAUGUAUAUAUUUAUAUGACGUGACAUACAUAUGUUCAAAAAGU